UCCAGGACCGGGUCUCCAUCUCUCCUCCAGUCCUCCAGCCCGGAGCCGCUUCCCUCUGCCGCUCCCCGGUCAGUCCGCUCCGCUCCCCGGUGUCCGGGCUCCAGCCUCUCCCCGGUGUCCGGGCUCCAGCCUCUCCCCGGUGUCCGGGCUCCAGCCUCUCCCCGGUGUCCGGGCUCCAGCUGCCGCUCCCCGGUCAGUCCGCUCCCCGGUGUCCGGGCUCCAGCUGCCGCUCCCCGGUCAGUCUGCGCCCCGGUGUCCGGGCUCCGCACUCCAGCUGUUCUCCCGGUGUCCGCGCUCCAGCCUGUCCCCGCUCCCCGGGUCCGGGUCCCGGGCUCCCGGCUCUCCGCCGCCCUCGCGCACCCUGGACUCCCGCAGCAGCUCGCCAUGCCGGCCCGGUUCUACCGGUUCUAGGUUCUCCAUGGAGCUGUCGAACCUCUACGAGGCGGCGGCGCGCCCCCCGGUGAGCAGCGCGGCCCCGGGCCCGCCGCCGCAGCCGCCCUCCGGGUUCCGGGACCCGACGGAGCUCGGCGGAGACAUCGGGGACCACGAGACGUCCAUCGACCUGAGCGCCUACAUCGACCCGGCGGCCUUCAACGACGACUUCCUGGCGGACCUGUUCCACCACGGGCCCCGGCCGGACCGGCCCAAGCUACCCGGCGGGGACUUCGACCCGGGACCGUGCCCGCAGCAGGGGUACGCGCCCGGCUACCCAGAGUCCAAGCUGGAGCCGCUGUACGAGCACGCGCCGCCGCGCCUGCGCCCGGUGCCCAUCAAGCAGGAGCCGCGCGACGACGACGAGCUGCACGCGGGCGCGCUGCCCUCUUACCACCACCCGCACCCGCACGCGCACCACCACCACCCGCACGCGCACCCGCAGCCGUACCCCCCGCAGCUCCCGCAGCCGCUGCCGCACCUCCAGUACCAGAUCGCGCACUGCGCGCAGACGGCCGUGCACCUGCAGCCGGGCCACCCGACCCCGCCGCCCACCCCGGUGCCCAGCCCUCACCACCACCCGCACCCGCACGCGCAGCACCACCCGCACCACCCGCAGCGCGUGGUGGGCGCCAAGCACAAGAAGCACGUGGACAAGAGCAGCCCGGAGUACCGGCUGCGGCGCGAGCGCAACAACGUGGCCGUGCGCAAGAGCCGCGACAAGGCGAAGCUGCGCAACAUGGAGACGCAGCAGCGCGUGGUGGAGCUGAGCGCGGACAACGAGCGGCUGCGGCGGCGCGUGGAGCAGCUGAGCCGCGAGCUGGACACGCUGCGCGGCAUCUUCCGCCAGCUGCCCGACCCGGGCUGCAAGCCGCUGGGCAGCUGAGGGCCGCGGGCCGGGCCGGGCCGGGCCGGACCCAGGCGGGUCACCCUGAACAGACUAAGUUCAAAACAAAAUCUGCAAAAGAAUCCCUCACCUGAACCCGGGACUCUUCCUGCUGGAGAUGUUACUGCCCCCCCCCCC